AUGGCUGGAUGUAUAUCUGGAGUACAAAAGAGAAUUAAGGAUAUGUGUCCUAGAGCCCAUUUUUUUCAUUGCGCUAGUCAUCGCCUUAAUUUAGUUAUCAAUGAUUUAAAUGUCUUGCCUGAAGUUAGAAAUUGUAUUACCAAAAUAAAGGACACUAUAACAUUUUUUAAAGAAAGUGCAGUUCGCAUGAAUGUAAUAAAUUCUAGUAAUUGUAAAUUAACCAAACUGUGUGAAACUAGAUUUGUUGAGAAGCAUAAGAGUGUAAGACAAUUUAAUGAAAAGUUUAUUGUUAUUGUAGAAGGGUUAGAAGAAAUGUCAACAUUAAAACAUUUUAACAGUAAAACUAAGCAACGAAGCCUUGAAAUUCUAAAUGCAAUUACUACUCCAAAUAUUGUUAUUUUAUUAUCAAUUAUAGCAAAGUAUUCUGCCAAAUUUGAAUUUAUAUCUACUAUUCUUCAGGGUGUGAAUAUUGAUUUACAAGAAGCCACAAAACGCAUUCAAGAGCUUUUACAGAUUGUAAAAAAUGACGUGAGUGUCAAUUUAACUUAA